AUGGAAGAUAAUAAUUCUAAUCAAAAUAAAACCAUUACGUCAGAAAUGGAAAAACACAAAAACAAUAUCAUAGUCAUAUUACAAAACACGAAUGCAACACCUUUCCAAAGACACAGUGAUAUUGCAUUUGCUUGUUGCUUUUGCAAGAACCAGUACUUAAAUCCAAAAGAGUUGAAAGCACACACACUCAAUGACCAUAAUGAAAGUGAAAUUAAAGAAAUUUGUAAAAGAAAAAAUUUGCGGUACUAUCUAAUGAAGUUGGAUGUAACAGACUUAGUUUGCAACAUCUGUAAUGAAGGAAUAAGUACCCCCCAAGGAUUGUUUGAGCACCUGGAGGGUCAUGGCAAAAAGAUAUACACGGAUAUGGGCAGCAGAAUUAUACCAUUCAGAUUCAAUACCGAAAAACAUGAAUGUGCGAUUUGCUCAGAGGUUUUUUGCAAAUUUAAAAAUUUACGCGAACAUCUGAAUAUCCACUUCAAAAAUUAUGUUUGUAAAUUCUGCGACACUGGUUUUAUUACUUUGGGAUUGCUAGCUUCGCAUGAAGCAAGCCAUAAUUUUGGUACGUUCCAGUGUGAUUAUUGCGAUAAAAGAUUCUAUACGUGCAAGAGCAAAAAGAUACACGAGAGAUUAUUACAUAGAGACAAAAUUGAAGAGAAACUAAUGACGCAAGACGAAGAUAACGACAAAGAAAGCGAUAAUAAAGCAAUAGACCAAGCAAAGGUAGAAGCAGAUUCUUCAGCUAAUUUAGGAGUUAUAAGACUUCACAAGAUGGAAAAAGAAAAACAUCAUGAUAAUAUCCUUGUGGUUUUGGAGAAUACAAACGCAACGCCUUUCGGAAAAUGUACCGACACCGGAUACGACUGCUUAUUAUGCACACAAAAAUUUUUCCACCCUAAAGAUUUAAAGGAGCACAAAUUAACAACUCAUACCACCGAUGAAUUCUUAAGCCUGUGUAAACAAGAACGUUUACGCUCUUACAUUGUAAAACUAGAUAUAACUGGCUUAUUAUGCAAAAUUUGUAAUAAUCGAGUCGAAUCUUGGGACAAUUUGUUCGAGCAUUUGGAGAAUCACGGCAAAUUUAUCCACAGGGAUAUAAACAACCACAUAAUACCAUUCGUAUUCGAUAGCGAUAACCCAUUGCAAGUCUGUGCCAUUUGCGCGAUCGCCUUCCACAAGGUCAAACUUCUCCGUGAGCAUAUGAAUACUCAUUUCCCCAACUACAUUUGCGAUGUCUGCAACGCUGCUUUCAUCACAGAAAGGAUGCUAAGCGCGCACAUACAAUGCCAUAAAACCGGAGUUUUCAAAUGCGGCUUGUGCGAAAAGAGCUUCAAAACUUACAGGAGCAGACGGGCCCACGAAUACAUGGUCCACGUUAAGUCGAACCACGCAAGCAGAUGUGGCUUCUGUAAGAAAACGUUCAAGUCAUACGCACAUAAGACCGAACACCUAAAAACCGUUCCCGGCGUCAUUCUGAACGAACUCAGAUGUUCAGUCUGUGACCGGACUUUCAAAAGCCAACCUCUGUUGACUACGCAUGUCAAGAGAGAUCAUUUGAUGGAACGCCAUUACAAGUGUAACGAAUGCGAAAAGACGUUCUUCAAUAAAAUUUAUUUAAAAAGUCACAUGGUGACGCACACUGGGAUAAGAAAUUUUGAAUGCGAGGUGUGCAAGAAAACUUUCGCGUGGAGUAAAAUUCUGAAGAAACAUAUGCGUGCUCACAUGGACGAUCGAUCGUUUAAAUGCAAUCGAUGCGAGAAGGCUUUUGUCCAGAAACUCAAUUGGCAGAAUCAUAUGCGGAAGAAGCAUAACGAGGAAGUUAGUUAA